GCUUGCGUUCCAACAGUCGCUCCUAACGCCUUGCGUUCCACCUUACAAAAUAAAGGGGCCGCCAUUGCUCUGUGUCACCUGAACAGAGGAGGGUUUUAGUAACGGGAAUGCCUUGCGCGUACCAAGCCUCAUAACCACUCAGCAGAACUUUCAUUGCGAGAACGAGGCUUGGAAUACACGGCAGCCAUAUUGCUUGGGAAUGUUCCCGGAAGCGUCUUUUGUUGUUAUGGUAACCGGGAGAGGGUGGCUGCUGCCCAGACCAUGGAGCUGGAUGAGACUAUGUGUAAGGACCCUGUGUGCCAGCACCCGCAGUGCUGGGGUUCCUUCCAGAGGAUGGAGAGGGGGAUCCCCCAUUACCGCCCCCUGGGGUAUUGCCAGAGAUCGCCCAGUGCAGAGGAAGGUGGACUCCCUGUGCUGUCAGUGAGCACAAUGCCCACCCCCCCGCACUCUCCGACCAAUCAGGAAGCUCCCCGCUGGCACGCAGUCUCUCCCGUCAGACUCGCAGGGCUGUCUUACUCUGCUCUCUAUAAACUCUACAACAAGACUUCCAGCAGUGUUGCCCAGAAGGUGCCACCAAACGCCACGUCACACAAGGAACCCAUACGGCCUCGCGGAGUGCCCGGGCACAGUGCCAUCCACGGACCUGACGUUGCAGAGAACAGAGCCACAUCCUUGGUAUGGAUGCCAACCACUCCGUGCCCAAAGCAGAAGAAGGAAGAGACACUGAAGCCCCUCAGAGUUGGAAUUACAGCUCUCACGUUGGGAACCCUACCUUGUAAGGAUGCCGGGGGGGAUACGGGGGACUCAGAAGUGCCAAAAGUAAGAAAAAAGACUCAGGUUCCUACAGGCGGGUGCCCCCAGAGUCUGUCAGUGAGCUGCAUCCAACCCCCGGGCAGGGGGCCCCUACAGGGCAGAGCGUCGGGCAGCCCAGCCAAGGAGCGGGCGUUAGAGCUCAAGGGGAGAGUUAGCGGGCAGCACUUUGGGUCUGUAACGCUGCCCGCUCCGAUUAUUCCCGAACUGGGGAACCAACGGGUAGUUCUGCAUAGCGUGAAGGAAAAGCACCAGCAGGGGGCAGCACGGCUCAGCCCUGUGUACAAGCUGGACAAUCAGCAUCUGGAAGCUCUAAACGACAUGGAAAUAAAACUGCAGAGCAUAAGAAACCAGUAUUACCUGUGGAACAAAUACACGGGCCCGGCCAGCCCCAGCGGCCGAAGGAAACCCCCAGAUCAGCAGCCCCCCAAGGAGCAAACCCCCUGUAGUUACAAGCAGAUGCCCCUGGGGGUAAUUGGGAACCUGCGGCUUUACCCCUACGAUGGCGAUUUCUACAAACAAAACCUGACAGCCUCACUUGAAGGCUCCACCCCCUACGCCUGCGGGUCUGACAGCAGGAGACUGAUAUCCCUGGGAAGCAUCUCUCAUGGGUCCUGGGCAGAAUCCCACCAAUCAUCUGCAGGGAUGGACUCAUUAACUGACAGCCAAUCAGCAAGCCAGAGAGAGGCGGCCAAUGAGGAUGUCACUUCUAAGUCCGAUGUUUCAGAUGUCACACUGGCACCGGAAGCGCUGCAGCCGACACACACUCUUAAAGACACAGCGACUCUCCCCACUGAUCCAUCAGAACCUGCAAGUGAAGACAUCCAGGCACCAUUGGAGCAAGGUGUCCGCACCCCACAGCCAAAUGCACCUCCCCCAACCCCACUGAAAACUGGGAGCUAAAUGGGGCUCAUUUGGGUUUGAUACCAACACUGAUACUGUCAUUAACUACAGUAUGUGCUAUUAUCAUACAGCAACAAAUAAACAUAACAGGGACUGUG